GCUGUAAGUCUAUUAUCACGCAUUUAUACUUUUCGCUUGAGCAGUCUUGGUACGUGAUUGGCACCUUGUUAUGUAUUGUUGAUUUGCAUUCACGUUAGGUAAAUGGAAUGACGAGGCUAGAGGCGAGCACUUAACAGCGCGCCAUUUCAUUCCAUUGUUACUUAGAAGGUCGCACUAAUAGGGCUCAGUUUGACAGAAAGAAGCGAUAGAAAGUUUGGAAACCAAACGGACAAUAGCCAAAGAAAAGACCAUUUUCCCUACUGAGAGUGGACGCCGUCAGAGGCCAUCAAGGUAAAAGAUGCCAGACAAAUUUGGUAAAGAAGCACUUGAAGCUCACAACAGAUACCGGUCUCUCCAUCAGACUCCUCCGCUGAAGUGGUCAAGAUCUCUAGAAAAGGACGCGGAAAAGUGGGCUAAAGAGUUGGCUAAAGACGGGAGGCUAAGACACGAAGAUACUGAUGAUGGAGAGAACUUGUAUUCCGUAUCCGGCAAGAGUGAUGUCACCGGAGGAGAAAUCGUGGAUCGGUGGUACGCAGAAGUCGACAACUAUGAUUUUAGAAGCCCAGGAUUCAAAAGUGGCACGGGCCACUUCACACAGAUUGUGUGGCAGGAGUCAACAGAACUGGGAGUAGGCAAGGCCAAGGGUAGCAACGGGAAAAUUAUUGUCGUGGCUCGAUAUCGACCACCAGGAAAUGUCAUUAAUCACUUUCAAAACAAUGUUAAGCCAAAGCUGGGCAGCGUAGUCAAUAGCAGUUCUAGGGAGAGGGAUUCGAGAGAUUAUUCUACACGGCUGGAACCAAGACGAGAUUUCGAUGACUCGAGAAGAUCUCCCUCUCGGCAAGAAAAAACUGAAACAGUUACUUAUGAUCGAGACGGGGUCAAAACCACAGUAACGAAGACAAUCAUAACAGAUGGAGGAAGGGGAGAUCCAUUUGAUAGAUUUCCAAGAGAUAUGAGAAGAGCAUUUGACGACGAUCCUUUAAAAGAUAGAAAGGAGAGAUGGGAGCGAAACGACCCUUUCAAGGAUAGGAAGGACACGCGGGAGAGAAAUGCUCAGCCAACGUCUUAUUCACCUUCAUGGAACAGUCAAAAACCGAAGGAAACAAAACCAGAGAGACCUACUCCUUCCGCUUCAGCUACAUCAUCUCCUUCAGGAUCCUUUGCAAAACAGUCCCUAGACAGUCAUAACAAAUACCGAGCUAUGCAUGGUGUGCCGGGCAUGAAGUGGGCGGAUGACCUCGCUAGGGAAGCACAGGCUUGGGCCGAGAAGUUGGCACGUGCCCGUACAUUGCAGCAUUCGAGUAAGAGCGAGAGAGAGAAUGCUGGAGAGAACCUAGCAAUGUUUACGGGAAAGUUUGAUUCUGCAGGAGAAGAAGCUACCACUAUGUGGUACGAUGAGUACAAGGAUUAUGAUUUCCGCCGUGGUGGAUGGCAGGGAGGAACUGGACACUUUACUCAAGUGGUGUGGAAAGACAGUAAGGAGUUAGGAAUGGGUCGAGCGAAAACAGGUGAUGGUAGACUUACAUUUGUGGUAGGUCGAUAUCGUCCUGCAGGUAACGUCAUCAACUUCAUGCAAGACAACGUGUUUCCAAGGCGAGGGCGCUAAGUAAUAAUGACUGAGCGUGACAAAAUCACGCUAAAAUUUAAUUUUAAAAUAUGCAUUCGCGUUGACUUUUUACAGUAUGUAAAUCUCAAUGUUCAUGACGACAAUAAUGUCUUCUCGAUGGAUUAAAUCUACCGAACUCAGUUUCACAGUAAAACUAAGCCCCUCAUAAUAUAUUUUUGCGAUUAUUUCAUUGAUAACAUUACUUGGCUAGACAGGCGAUCAAACUCAGAGCACAUAAAUUCUACUAAUUUCAUUCGGACAGUUGCAUCUUCUUGCUUUUACGAUUCGAACGGGUUAGCGUGAUAAAGCAACAGAAUAUAGUCUUCAGAUAACUAAAGCAAGCUUACCUAUUAAAACGGAAAACAACUUACCAAUAGUUAUGCCGGUUUCAGCAUUGAGAAGGCCAGAUGUAAAUGUAAACCAGCUUCAAGCUUUCGCAUUUUGUUUUGGUCCAAGACGCGCAUGUACCUCGAGCAAGUAACUUUUAUCAUUAUUCAAUUAUGCAGGCUGAAGUAAGAAUCAACAACAAGGAGGAAUAGAGUAUGUUUGUUGCACGAUAUAUAUAAACAAAAAAUACGCGGUUAUUGCCAGUCCAGCAACAUUUCAUAUCAUGUAACCGGAGAUGUACAGAGGUAUUUGAUAUGGUUCAGUUUUUGAGCUCUUGUGGUGUAUAAUGCAAGUACAAACCGUAAUUAAAAAAUAAAAAUAUUUCAAUAAA